AUCGAAUUCAGUCAGUCAACUGCCCCCGCCUACGGCAUAGUGGAUGAGUGUCAAACAUCGCUGCAUACAUGGACUUGCAACACAGUAGUUGUUCAAGAUGAUGGUCCCCCAGCUAUCACUCAUCUUGGACUCGCUUGUCCUCCUUUCGUUGACCUCGGCAUCACCUACGAGAGGAUACUCAGGCUUGACAUUUCAGCAUAGCUUCGAUGCCUCAUCUGGGGAUCUUCUUCAGGACAAGCUGAUAUCUGACGAUCUCAAGCAUGAUCAAGGUCACGAGGCGAUGAUCGCCCUGCUUGACAAGUACGCUCCUGUAUUGAAACUCUCAAUCGCCGAAGCGUACUUUCCAAGCUCGGUAGAAUACAUGUUACCUCAUUUUACCUAUGCCACGGUCAACGGGUCAAAGCACUAUCUCAACCCCAAUAACCUCACCUUGUCCAAUCUCGACUCCCUCCCUCGUCGUGGUCAAGACUACUUCCUCUCCAUCCCUGAACCUCAUAAUCCUCAACCAUUCAUCGAACCCUCUGCUGAAUAUCUGCUCGGUCCUGCCGGUCAGGACGGAGGAAUGGAGGACGGAGGGGAUGGCAGAGGGAGAGUAAAGGAGGACAUUUAUGGGUUCUGGGUGGAUCAAGGCAGAGGCGUAGUGGACCUCUGGUAUUGGACCUACUACCCUUAUAACUUUGGCAAGUUUGCAGGCCCUUUCGGUGUCAUUGGGAACCAUGUAGGGGACUGGGAACAUAUCCGUAUGAGGACAAUCAAUGGUACGGCGGAAUCUGUCGAUUACCAUGCGCACAGCGGUGGACCAACUGUCUCAGGAACCUUGAGAUGGAAGGAUGUAGAGAAGGAAGAUGGAAGACCUGUAGGCUACAUCGCAGCGGGAUCACAUGGCAUUUGGCCGACUCCUGGAAACCACGAAUUGGCACCGCUACUCAACUAUAUCAAACUUGUGGACAUUUGUGACGACGCUGGUCCAAUCUGGGAUACCAAAGGCUCCGUCAUACCGUUUCAAUAUUGGAAUAGCCAUGAGAAUCGGACCAAAGUAAAUCACGAAGGAAAAGGACACUGGAUGAACUUUAGAGGGCGGUAUGGGAACACGGGAGAGAAUAAUUGUUGGUGGUACAAGCUCGUCGGGAAUUGCCAGCUCGUGGAUGCCCCUCCUGGACCGAAUCGAUGGUUUGGAUCCCCACCAAUUUGCACGAUCGCCCCGGCUGUAUCUGGUAAUUCAAGGUACGCUUUCUACCUCUCUGAACGCACUGCCAGAUGGGCGAAACGGCGACACGUUGCCAACAUACAAUUGGAGCAAGUGUGUCGUCGUCCGAGGCGGAAAGAAGAUGAGAUGGAGGACGAACAUUCUGGCGCUGGGUCGAGUCGUUCCUCUGCGUUGGAACGAGGUGGCGACGAUUCGGACGACGUGGAAGUUUGGACGACGACUGGGACUUGCAAAUUCCGCGGACAGGACAGGCACGAGAUCACCACGAUGGCGUGUAAAGGCAUGCAAGCGGCCGUCAAGUCUUAUCGCCUAUCUUUCUGUCUGGCCGAUGGAAGAUGUAUCUUCAGCACUGUCCAGCGUGACAUAUGCGCCUAUGUGGAGGAUAAAGAAGGUUAUAUCUCCAGUCGAGCGGUGGAUUUGGAGGACCUUGACGAGUGGUUCGACAUGGGCAAGUAGAGGGACUUGUCCAUCCAGGUCGAAGUGUUUUUUCCGAAUCUCGUCGCGGUCUUGUACAUUAGCAUCAUCAUCCCGUGUAGAAUCAUGACGUAUCGUGAUCAUAUACCUGUCAGUCAAAACCUUUCUCAUUCUCCUCAUGAUCGACUGACAUUGUAUACAUCUCUGGCUAUCAUUUGGCAUGUAUCACUCGCUUUGUGUGUGUGUACAAAUCAGGCCAUCAGUGGUCGACGGUCCUAGGCACAGCCGGUCGAUCUGAUGCCACGUUUCUGACGAUGGGUACUGUCACUCACCUCCGCACAAUGGAUGGGAGGUCGUCCAAACAAUGCGUCGGGGACUCUCACGCCAUGAUCGGAUUCGUCUUGUUCCUUUCGUGUUUGAGUCCAAUACUAAGUGAAC